CGCGCCCCAGCUGCCAUGGCCCGCUACUGCGUGCUGCUCGCCUGCGCUCUGCUGGCGCUCCUGGGCCUCGGGGACGGGAAGAAGGACCCCGACUGCUGCGGGCCCGUAGUGCCCCGGAGGGAGUGGCGGGCUCUGGAGUCCGAGUGCUCCAAGACCCUGAAGCAGCCGGUGCGGUACGUCGUGAUAUCGCACACGGCGGGGAGCUCCUGCAACACCCCCGAGCUGUGUCUGCAGCAGGUCCGCAACGUGCAGUACUACCAUGCCAGGACGCUGGGCUGGUGCGACGUGGCCUACAAUUUCCUGAUUGGAGAAGAUGGGCUCGUGUAUGAGGGCCGAGGCUGGGAGCUCAAGGGCGAUCACACGGGGGCCGUCUGGAACACCAGGUCCAUUGGCAUCUCCUUCAUGGGCAACUACAUGGAGCGCUCGCCCCCACCCCGGGCACUGCGGGCGGCCCAGAAAUUGCUGGCCUGCGGGGUGGCUCGCGGAUCCCUGAGCCGGAACUACGAAGUCAAGGGACACCGGGACGUGCAGCAGACACUGUCCCCCGGGGACCAGCUCUACGAGAUCAUCCGCACUUGGGACCGCUACCGCGAGUGAGGCCAGGAGGGGCCCU